CUGGUGUGAGCUCCAGGACCGGAAGCUGACCAAGGCGGAGCAGCAGCGCUUCAAGGAGGAGGCCGAGAUGCUCAAGGGGCUCCAGCACCCGAACAUCGUCCGGUUCUACGACUCCUGGGAGUCGACGCUGAGGGGCAAGAAAUGCAUCGUCCUCGUCACCGAGCUCAUGACCUCGGGCACCCUCAAGACGUACCUGAAGAGGUUCAAGGUGAUGAAGCCCAAGGUGCUGCGGAGCUGGUGCCGCCAGAUCCUGAAGGGGCUGCAGUUCCUGCACACCAGGACCCCCCCCAUCAUCCACCGCGACCUCAAGUGCGACAACAUCUUCAUCACCGGCCCCACCGGCUCCGUCAAGAUCGGGGACCUGGGGCUGGCCACGCUCAUGAGGACCUCCUUCGCCAAGAGCGUCAUCGGGACCCCCGAGUUCAUGGCCCCCGAGAUGUACGAGGAGCGUUACGACGAGUCCGUGGACGUUUACGCCUUCGGGAUGUGCCUGCUGGAGAUGGGCACCUCCGAGUACCCCUACUCUGAGUGCCACAACGCCGCCCAGAUCUACAGAAAAGUCACCAGU